AUGUCGAAAAUGAAUCAUAAAAGUUUCAGUUUCUUCGCGAAGUUUUUCUCCUUGUUUAUCGCAUUCAAUCAUCCGUCUCUCAUUCGAAUCCAUCUGAAGAAAUCAGGUGUGUUUUAUUUUUAUUUUAUUUUUUCUUUAUUCGUUUUUGUAAUGGGUAGAAAGACUUUUCGUUAAGAAAAAUCCUACUUUCCUUUUAAAAACUGCGCUUACCACUUUAAUUUUUUGAAGUUUUGGAAUUUGCAGAAUUUUCCUAAAAGUUAUUCAAUAGCUCCAUUCUCCAUCAUCUCUUGACUUCUAAUCCUUGAUGUGAGUUUUUCCAGCAACAUCAAAUAAAGGCAAGAUUCGAUUCUUCCUCGCGAAACUCAUUUUCCUAGUUGUCAAGCUCAAACUACAUAGAGUUCGUAUGAAGAUUCUUUUUUCUCUUGAUUUGGCUGGAAAAGCUGGCGUUUGGCUUGUCCGGAGCGAACAUUCGGCUCUUUGAGCUCCUCGGCAAGAGUUCUUUUUACCCAAUGAUGCGUUCCCCGGAGACUUCUUCGUCGCCACUAGAUAUUAUCGUUCCCAAUGUUUCUACCAUCAUUUUCACAUCUUUCUCUAAGUUUUCAUACUAGAAGUUUUUCUUUUUAUGAGAUUGAUAGAUGGAAAUCUGUAAUUAACGUAGUUAGCGAGGCUUUGAGCCGUUAUCACCGCGGCCAGAUUACUCGAAGCUAUUGCGAUUGGAGAACACAGAAUUUUUAAUACGAAAUUUCAGACGGAGCCUAACUUUUCAAAAAAGUUUUUUGAGAAAGCAUUCUUACCAUGGCGUUUGAUCACAAAAUCUUCCGACGAAAAGUUUUUUUCAAGAACUUCUGCUUGUGUUUUUUGAACAUCAUUCAUUUGAAGCUUCAGAAAUCGAGCCCUUCUCUGCCAAUCGAAAAAAAGCAAUCCAAAAAAAGCUGUCUGAAUUUAUUACUUUUGAGCAAAUAACUCUUCUUCUCAUAUAUCUUCUUUUUUGACCUCUUUUCAAUCGCUGCAGGUUUUUUUUCCCAUGAAAAACCUAUACUCAAAAAUUUAUCGUCAAGCUUUUAAAAAGUAACUUUCUUCUCUAGAUGUAUGUUUCUAUGAUGGUGCGAAAUCGGAAAAAAAGUUAUUCCCAGGGGCCAAAAAAAGGUCCUGAGUAGUCGAAAAGGGAAACAGAGUUAUCAAAUUCUUGUAAUUUUUCAAAAGAGGUUUGAAAAAAAUAUGAGAAAAAAAGAAAGGGAAUUUAUUUUUUUCUAGCAUCCGAAUGAUGAUUCAAUACAUACAUGUAGGAUAUGAGCUUCUUGAAAAUUAGGUUCUUUAAAUUGUCAGAUUCAGGUUGAGCUUUUUUUAAACUUAUCUUUGUCUUAUAACUUCAAAUUUACGGUUUUGAAGGGACGGUUUUUUUGUUCAGUCUCCUUAUUAAAAAAAAACAUAGAAGAAAUUUAAUGCUUGUAUGAAAUUGAAGCUUCUCGUUGUUUUUUUCCCCUUUCGGGAUAAAUUUAUCAAGUUAAAACGCUUCUGACAUCUAUUUAUAGCUGAAAAUGAAACAUUGAACGAAAAGUCACCACGUGGAGCGAUCCGAUUGGCGCCAGAAGCCAUCGUCGCCACAACCGCGACGUCCAACCCAUUCCAGCGGAUUACGCGAUUUUACUGCUCAUUUUUGCUCUUCCGCCGCCGCUUUUCCCGUCCUUUGUUUGGUUUUACAGCUGAAAUUAGUUUUCCAACGUUUUUGGGUUUUUAAGUUGAGCUAGUGUUAAGUUGAACUUUCAUGAAAGAGGGGAAAAUUGGAAGAUACAAGGUGAAAGAAGUUUUUGUGAAUUAUACGUAGUUUGGAAUUAACUUCUCACUGACAGAAUAAAGUCAUCUUCAGUCUUUAAUUAAGCCAUGAAAUCCAAUAAGAAGUUUUUCAAAAGGUUUCUUUUCAUUUUGGGAGAAAUGGGAAAUAAACGUUCUAUUUUCUGAUCAUAUAUUUCUGUUCAUACUGUUCUGAUUUUUAAAAAUUGCGCAAAUUUUCGAAAAUGGAGUAAAAAAUUGACAUCUUCUGCUUAUGAAUCGUUUCGAAAUCGAUUUCAUUACCAGGUUUUUCUUAAAGGCUUUUUGGAUUUUCUAGAAAAUUGUAUUAGUAAUGUUUUGAAACGUUCGCAUGUUACCUUUUCAUAUCAAUGAAACUUCUAUAGUUCUCCACCCAAUUUUUCCCUUCAAAAAACCCCAAAGCUCUAUCGAACAGCGGCAGUAAAAUGUGGAGCUUCAGCCUGUCAAGCUUUCAGCCGUCCUCCCAGAUUGAAAUGAAAAGUGCCAUAACGAAAAAAAAAAGAUUUCUUUUUCUGACGGAAGAAGCUGAGUGAAGCUUCCUUGUCUUUGUAGGAAUGAGUUUUCGGUUUGUCGCAGAGAGUUGUUUUUAAGUCGAUUUCCUCCUCAAUCUUGUAAAAUAAAAUUAUUGAUCCCAUUUUUGACAAACGUUUCGUCCCGACCAAUAAACAGAGUUAACUGUCUGUCCAUUAGAAAAUAAGUUCGUUUUUGUCAAGUUCAAGAUUGAAGAGGUCGCGAGUAUUUCAAUAAGAAUAAAGAAAAAAAAGUCGAAUAAAUUCAAUAGAGGUUUCCACUAAAAAUAUUUCUAACAAUUCUUCCAAAUAAUCCUACAAGAAAUACGUAGGUUUAUUUUGCCGUUUCAUGCUAGUGACCAUUAAUAUGUUUCGAAGUGGUCACUCAACAGAGUUAAAAAUGGCCAGUUUAGGGUCUGACUGAUAACUUUUCUUUUCUAGGAAGCUCACUAAGAUUUUUGCCAGGUACCUAUAGCCUCUAGGUAUCGAACUUCUCACUUUAUUCACCAUAUCCAAAUGAAAAACUUGCUGAUUACCUGCUUUUUUUUCGUUAAAUAUAAACGUUUUUCAUCACUCAAACUUUAUUUUGAAACUCAUCAUUUUCAGACUUUCUGCCUCAAAAUGCGUCAACGAUGAGAGCGGCUUUGGCGGCUGUGCUGUUGUUCGUUUUUCAUUUUCAGGUAGAUUCCGAAGAAAAAAAACCUUGGGCAAAAAAAGUUUUUAUUUUUACGAGUUCUCAAGGUCCCAAAAAUUCUAUACAAACUGAUAUUACAAUGUUAACUCAGUAGAUUCUAGCAGUAAAGUAUAAAAGUUUAGGAGGAUUUAAUUUUAAUCCACUUCAAAAAAAUAUUUGGCUUAAAAAAAUGCUCGAUAAUCAAUUAAAAAGGCGGGACAGAGUUAAACGAUCAAAGUCAUGAAAUUUUGAAGUGUGGUCAGUUUUUUCGAAGACCUUUUUAGGACAAAACUUAUUAUUCAUUCUUAAAAUUUAAAAAAACGGCAUUUGGAGCGCCUUUCUAAAAAAUUUUAUUUGUUCGAAAACCGGUUUCGACUUCUGAAUUGAACAUCCAAAGUGCAAUUUCUAGUUUCGAUACCUAAGCUUCGAAAUGUGGACGAUUUCAUUUUAUCUUCGCGCUUCCUAGGUGCCAUCAUUGAAGCUCUAUUUGUGGAUUUCUCAUAUUUUUUUCUAUUUAUGUUGUUGCUCAGACUUGCUCGGGAGUUCGGGCAGCCCUCCGGAUGCGGAAAAGGCUGUCGACGGGCGACGAGAACUCGGAGGACGACGACUACUUGGACGAACAGGAACGCGACGAAGUCUACAACAAGGCGGCCAUUUUCGAGCAAGGGUACGACUCCCCACGGACCCUUUUCUGGGUGGCAUUCGCCUGAAUUCGAACCAAUGAACUUCAUUUGAAUUUUCAAGCCUUUUUUUUGGGAAGAACAGCUUCAAUAAUAAUUAUUUUUACGAGAAGAAGGACGAAAAAAAUAUACUAAUCAUUCUGCAAAAAUAUUAUUUCAUAAUUUUAUAAAUGAAACAGUGAACUUAGCUGCUGAAGAAAUGAAGAAAUCAAUUAGAAUUUCGAAUCGGAAUUACUUGAAUAAAAGCAUUUCCUUCACUGAAACCGACAAAUUUAUUGAAAUGCUAAGUUCUGAAUGACGUGAAAUACCGGAAAGAAGACGAAAAUUUUCAGAGAAACUCACGAUUUUCUACAAUUUUUGCGUAGCAUCAAGUACGAUCACCGCCAAGUUCCUGAUGACGUUUUUGGGGGUUUGGAUUAGAUCUAAGGAAUCGGAGAAAAAAAUAUAUUCCAGGUCCAGUCGCCGUGAACGUUUCCAUUGUGGUCAGCAACAUUCGAGCUGUGUCUGAAGUCACAAUGGUUAUUUUUCACCUCAUAAAAAAGCGUUUUCGAAAAUCAAAAUGGUUGUGGUUCGACAGAAAUAAAUAAGUGUUGUAUCAAAGAUUUAUGAAACAAAAAAAAUUGAGUUGUGAUUUUUAUUUAUGAAUUUUUAAGAGGAUCGAAAUUAUAGACGGUUUGGAUUUUGAAUAUCGAUGACGUCAUUCACAAUUCUGCUCUGGAGUCUCUGAUUAGCUUAUAGUAGCAUUAGGGGCGGUUGAAUGAUACCUUGAAAUUCAAAAAAAUUGAUUUUUCUAAAAACUCAUUUUAUCAUUUUUUUAGGACUACUGCGUCGAGAUGUUCUACCGCGAAAACUGGCGCGAUCCGCGUUUGAUCUACAGCAUCAACAAGUUCAAAAAAACAAGGUUUUUUUAUCAAGCAAAUUGAUUUUUAAAUCAGUUUGAUAAACUCUGCGUUUUGUAAUUUAGAGGCUGUCUAGAAAAAAAUCCACUGAGAAAGCUGCCAUAUCGCUCGUCCAAACAUUUUAAAAAUUUUAAAAAAACAAUUUUAUAAUAAUAUAAUUUAUUUACAGGCAGAACGAAAUAAAAUGUACAAAAAAGAAGGGAAGAAUUGGCAUAAAAGCCUGAAAUAAAUAAAUAAAAGGCACUUGAGGCCCUAACGAGCCUCUGAACCAGUAUUGAAAGAUGAUAAGGUCAGAAUACGAAUCGAGGAUUGUACAGAGUUUUAAAAUUGUUAUCGAGGGAUAGUAACAAAAGCGAUCUGGAGAAACAUUGAGGUUUCCCAAUGUGGCCAGUUUAUUCCAAAGAGGGAUGAACGUCUCAAAGAAAUUUUCGAAACGAAUCCCUACUCUGAUAAGACGUGAUGGAGCACGUACUGAAUUUGAUCUCCUGAAAACACUGUGAGAAAAUGGCAAAUGACUCUCCUUAAUAUAAAUUUUAUGUAACGUUUUUAGACAAAAUUCAACUCUUCUUCUGAAAAGAGAGUUAGUGUUAAUUUGGGCUAAUCUAUCUUCGUAACUGGAAAACCUAAUGUUAGCUCUCAUAAAUGUUUACCGAGUGAAUUGACGGAAGAUGUUUUCGAGGGUGUAAGAUAGUUCUGAAGCUAGGGGAGGAACGAACAACUCACAACAGUAGUUCAUAUAGGGAGCAACGUAAGUAAGAAAAAUCCGGCUCAUUAGAGCGGGAGACAGAGCGCGGAACGCUCUGAUGAUUUGUUUACUUUUUAGUUUGCAUAAGGCUAUAACUUUACGAACGUGAGGCUCAAAUGUUAGUUUGUUAUCGAUAAGAAUGCCGAGAUCACGAACAGCUUCCGCAGAAGAGAUAGUUAUAUUAUUUAUAGUAUACUGAACAUGAGGGUUGCUACGGCCUAGAUGGAGAAGGGUGGUUUUGUGUUCGGCCAGGGGAAGACCCCAUUGACUGGACCAUUCGAAAACGUUGUUGAGGCCUUGCUGAAGCGCUAUAGGAUCGUCAGAAAAAAAUUUUAAGAUCAUCAGCAAAAAAAGAUAGGCCUUUACGUUAUCAGAUAAAUUGCUGAUAAUGUCGUUUAUGAAAAUUAUGAAUAAAAGUGGGCCGCAAACUGUUCCUUGCAACACUCCAGAUGUAAUGUUGAAAGCCGAACUGGAUAUGAUACCUUCGUUGAUGACAAAGGACUUUCUGUUGGAUAUAAAUGAUGCGAACCAGCUAAUGAGCUUUGGGUCGAAGCCAAAAUCUUGGAGUUUGGCGAGCAGAAGGUUAUGGGGGAGCAUGUCAAAAGCUUUAAGAAAAUCGAUAUAUACUACGUCUACAUUACUACCAAGAGCUAAGGAUCUCUUCCAGUGCGUGAUGCAGUCGAGAAUUUUCUUGCUCCAUCUGUGACUUUCAUGUUGUAAUGAAUCAAAAGUUAAAAAUUAAAGUAAAAACGAUAUAGCGCAAGACGUUCGCGAUAUCGCGGCUCCUCUGCGGCUUAGUGUUACUCUCGCUGCAAUAUAGUCCAUAAUAAUGAUAUUUCUUACAAAGUUUCAAAAUUUCAAACUUCCAGACGGAAAUAUCUCUUCACGAAAGCUAUUCCAACUUCCUCUGGCAUCCGGACACUUUUGUCCCCAACGCGAUCGCUUCCAAGAAUCCCCGUCGCCAAAGCAUCACUCACCGAUCUUUGCUCAGGUUACAAUAAUAAUAAUCUCUUUUUUUUCGUUUGCUUUGGAACAACAUUUAUGAGCAGUUGAAUGUUGUCAACAGCUGGCGGGGCACAUUUUGCGGCCUUUUUUUCGAAUUUCGGGGGUUAUUAGUCUUUUCAUAAAACGGGACGACAAAAAGCUAGCCGCAGUCCAGAAAUAAAAAUUUUUUACAGAUGAAAAUUGCGACUUUAUAGCUAGCGAGCUCUCGAAAUAGUUUGAUUAACGGAAAAAAAAUGUUUUGACACGACAUUAGAAAUAUUUUUGUACACAGACUCCGCCAUGACGGAAGCAUACUGUACAGUCGACGGCUUUCGUUGGUUUUGACCUGUGGAAUGGACUUGACUUUGUUUCCCUUCGAUACACAGUUGUGCAAAAUGGGCAUCGAGAGCUGUGAGUCUUCCAAUUUUUUAUUUCAAAAAAGAAUUUUUAUAUAUUUCGUAGCUUCUUGAAGAUAAUUUUUCAAAAAAUAUUACAUGGUAUAGUCUUUGUGCCACGGCUUGAAAUUUCACCGAACGACGUUUCGCUGCGUACGGUCGCGAAGCGUCUUUGCCUUUGCGGAUCUAGGUCACCCUUCCAGACUAUUUUUAUUGCUGAUAGAUGGAUUGUUCCACUGCGAGUAUUUGAAUGAAAGAAAAAAUUGAAAGCGCGACCGAGAUUCGCAAAGGCGCCCGGCGGAACACCGGAAUGUCGUUCGGGGAAAAUUCAAGUCGUGGUACACAAAAUAUAAAGACUUUACCGUAAAGCCUAUGCAUCUAAAAUUUCUGUGAAGGGUAGAAAAUUUCAGAAAAAGGUUAUAGUAAAUUUUUUCUGACAAAAAUUAAAAACUAUCGAAAAAUUGUCUCAAAACAAUUCAGACCUACAGGGAACCGUCCGGUUUGCACUGCGCCGUCUCCGCUGGCCAUACUAGACCAUUUUCGAUUAUUUUUUCUAUUCAAUAAAAUGAACAAGGCUAUUUGCGACAUUAAUAGAUGUAAACCGGACGGGCUGAACAAAUGUGAAAAGAAUAAAACAUAAAAAAGAGUGACUCGUGUUUGACCUCGAGCUGGAAGACGCUUCACCCUAGCCAAUCUACCAAUCUUGCCUUUCUAGUCGGGAAGAAUUGACUAUGGAAGAUAACUUUUAGACGGCUACACCGCGGACCAAGUUCGGUACAUGUGGUCGACGGGCUACAUCCAAUCGUUGACACUUCACAAAAUCCGAUUGCCUGACUUCCAGGUCAAAGAAGCCUUCGUUACAAGUCGCGUCGAGUCCUACGCCACAGGUGAAUUUCAUUUUCCUUGCUUUUUAUGUUCCAUUUUCCAAACCAACUUGGAUGCGUCUAGGAAUAAAUUCUUGUUUUCGAUUGUUGAGCCAUUUCCUCUUACUGUAGCCAGAUUACGUUAGGAAGUUAGGUACCUGAGUAUCUAAGUAUUGAUGAGUUUUUAUUUGGCAAGUAUUUUUUACUUCAAAAUAUUAUAAGACUUUUGAACUACUAUGGAUUUUUGAAUUUCAGGAGACUAUUCUCGGCUCUACGUUUGUUUCGUUUUCAACCGCGCCGCCGGCUUUUGCUUCCUCCAACUGAUAAUUCCAUCGACGGCCGUCGUUAUCACGUCUUGGGUCUCUUUGUGGAUGGAAAAUGAGACUUCUUUUCAAGUUUUCAAACAUAAAAGCCAAAACAAAGCUCCGAAAAUGAAAUUCAGGACAUGAUCUCAAUAAUAUUGACGAUAACUUUCCUGCUCUUCUCAUACAAUGAGGUCAUGCCGCGAGUUAGUUAUAUCAAAGCGAUGGAUGUAUAUCUUGGUUGGUUCAGAAGUUUUUCAAGAUUUGGAUUUUUUAGAGAUAGAAAACUGUAUGAAAUUGUCUUUUCUCUAGUUGAAAAUUUGUUUAUUGAGAGAAGACGUGAGGAUAAAUUUGAAAAAAGACCCUUUUUUCAUAGGAUUUCGGAAGUUUUUACAAGUUUCAAGCUUCUUGCUUUUUAAAAAAUUGUUCAAAAAAAAAAGUGAAACUCUCUGCUUAAAAAAGGUGUGAGAUUGAACAGAAUUACCUGAAAAUUUGGCUCAAUUUUCUCUAAAUUUCCAGGAGUUUGUUUCUGCAUCGUUUUCCUGUCCCUGAUCAAACUGGCCGUGGUCAAAUACAUGCGACAGAGGCUUCUGAUCACCAGGUUCGACCUGAAUCUACGUCAAAAGUUUUCCCACAAGUCUGACCUCAACCUUUUCAGAAAACUGACAGUUCAUGCCAUGCAAAGAAUGUUGAGUAUAAAUGAUCCAAAAAACGUAGAACCCAUGGAACUGUCGGUUGAGUCGGUGGAUACCGACGUUUUGCCAUUCAUCGACGUGUGAGACUCCUCUUUUCGUACUGUUCUGCACCUAUUUCAUGCUUCUAUCCGCAUGUCAAAGCUGCACACUUUUUCGAGAUUAAGCCAUGUAAAAUCGAUAGUUUUGUAGAGAAAAUUAUUUUAAACGUUUACGGGAUUUUCUGGUUUUCUGAAUAUUUCAAUAGUUAAACAAACCGCUGAAACCAGAGGAAUAAAAAAUAGUCUUCUCAUAUCAAAUCAAAUAACAAAUUUUUUUAUUGGUCUGAAAAGAAACCAAAACGCCUGUUUAUAAACAAAACCUAGAUCACUUAUUUCAAGAAGGCACGCAGAAUGAACGCUUCACCGAGAUUUUCGUGAUGAAACUUUUCAGGGACACUUCGAUCGUGGCGGCUGGAAUCGUGCCAAUGCUGCGGAUUGUCAACGGCGUGUCUUCUCCAGCUACCGCCAGCGCCUCUUUCAAUUUCGAUCAGAAUGGCAGCGGGUCUAUCAAGAAGUUCAACUCCAAUUCUGGAUCAUAAGAAAUUAAAUUCUUAGAAAAAAUUAUUUCUUACGAUUCUAAAGGGCUUCUUUUUUUGGAUUCUAAAAGACUUCUUCUCGAGAACUGAACAUUUUUGCGAGCCUUCCAAGAACUUCUUAACUUUAAGGACUAUACAACAUAUUCUAGCGAAUUCUAUAGUACAGAGUAAAAUAAGCCUAUAACAUUUUGAGCCUAAAAACUACUCCCAAACUUUAACUUCUACUUUAACCUUGAAAAGCUCUUCAGAUUGCCCCUCUACACCUCGGUACAAGUCGACAAGCACGGCUCCACCUCGACCGUCGACCAGAAGCCGUCCAGAAUCAGCUGGUUCGAAUUCACGCCGACCUUCGUCCACAGAUUUCACUGGAUCACUCAGGUUUAGCCAAUCGGGAAGAUUUCUCAACGUCAUUUCAGAUGGCGUUCUUCUUCGGAUUCGUCGUCUUCUGCCUCUUCUACUUCCUCGUCUACCCAAAUAUCCACUCUCAACUUCUAGAUGAGGACUGCGACCGCAACGGCGCCGAGUGGUUCGCCGACGUCAAUUGA